AUUAAGCGUUUCGUUGGUAGAAUAUAGCUACCUUCCGAGGAACAAAUUUUGACUCACUGAGGUUGUUCAUUUUUUUUGGUUCUACAUGGGGAAUUGCGUUUUCAGCUCGUACGACGAAACGACGUCGCAGGUUUCUACGGCGAAGGUUGUCGUUCACGACGGGAGGAUGCAAGAAUUCUCUUACCCAGUCAAGGUGUCGUAUCUGCUGCAGCUCUACCCAGCGUGUUUCAUAUGCGACUCCGACGAGUUGGGAUUCGACGACGUCGUAACGGCGGUUCACGAGGACGAGGAGUUGAGGCCCGGUCAACUCUACUUCGCGCUCCCGUUGACUCGCCUCAAGCGCCACCUCCCGCCGCAGGAGAUGGCGGCCCUCGCUGUCGUCGCCACCUCCGCGCUCGCCAAAUGCGGCCGGAGACAGAUUGUGUUUCUCUCCGCCGCUGACGGGAAUGCCAAGCCUGCCCGGCGAGUCGCGCCUGACGGUGGCGCCGCUGCCGCGACGGUUUUUAAUCAUAACGUGGCGAGUAAAGGGAAGGGUAAAAUUGGAGGUAGGGGUAGGGGCAAGUUCACGGCUACGUUGAGUUCCAUACCGGAGCAGGGGUAGUUUUGGAAAGAAAAAAAAUGUUUUCGCUGGUGAUUUUUGUAUUGUUGUAUAUAUUAAAAAAAAAAGAUAUAUUUUAAUUUUUGAACAUUGGAGAGCUGUUUCAUUAAAAGUUUAAAACAACAAACUGAAUUGAAGUAUACGCGUUUGAUUAA